AUGGGUUUCUUUGCCGGUCUCUUUUUUGGUGUUGCAUUUGGUAUCGGAUUCAUAGUCUGCAUUGCUCGUUACCAGAUCGUUCGAUCUGCUCGUCGUGCUGAUUUGGCUGCAAUCAUCGCGGCUUUUGCAAGGAUGACAGUGGCCGAUUCAAGAAAGCUUCUUCCAGGAGAGUAUUAUCCUCCUUGGGUUGUCUUUGCAAAGAGACAGAAGUUGAGUUACAGUAAACUACAGUUAAAUUGGCUUAAUCUCCAAUUGAACAAGAUCUGGCCAUAUGUUGAUGAGGCAGCAUCCGAUCUAAUAAGAAGCUCUGUGGAGCCGAUACUCGAGCAAUACAAGCCAAUCAUUUUGUCGUCUAUGAAGUUUUCAAAGUUGACCCUUGGUACUGUGGCUCCACAAUUUACAGGAGUUUCUGUGAAUGAAGGUGAUCCUGGGGAAAUUACUAUGGAAUUGGAGAUGCAAUGGGAUGGAAACCCUAAUGUUGUUCUUGAUAUUUUGACCAGAGUUGGUGUGGCUUUACCGAUACAGGUGAAAAAUAUCGCAUUUACGGGCCUUUUCAGACUCAUUUUCAAACCAUUAGUUGCUGAGUUUCCUUGUUUUGGAGCAGUUCUAUUUUCAUUGAGAGAAAAGAAACAACUCGAUUUCACACUUAAAGUUAUUGGUGGAGAUCUAUCAGCACUUCCUGGGGUGUCUGAAGCCAUAGAGGAAACAAUCAAGGAUGCAGUUGAAGAUUCAAUAACAUGGCCAGUUCGAGUCGUUAUACCCAUAAUAGCAGGCGAUUAUAGUGACUUGGAGUUGAAGCCUGCUGGAAUACUAGAGGUAAAGCUCAUAGAAGCAAAAGAAUUGACAAAUAAAGACAUUAUCGGAAAAUCUGAUCCUUAUGCCACUUUAUUUGUACGCCCACUCCGUGACAGAAUGAAAAGCAGCAAGACAAUUAACAACCAACUAAACCCGAUAUGGAAUGAGCAUUUUGAGUUCACUGUUGAAGAUCCUAUUACUCAACACUUUACAAUAAGAGUCUUUGAUGAUGAAGGAGUCCAAGCUUCUGAAUUAAUUGGUUGCGGUCAAGUGGCUAUAAAGGAUCUUGAGCCUGGAAAGGUAAAAGAUAUAUGGAUCAAACUGGUCAAGGAUUUGGUAAUCCAAAGAGAUAAUAAGAACAGGGGCAUGGUGCAUUUGGAGCUCCUGUAUUGUCCUUUUGGCACAGAGUCUGGAUUACAGAAUCCAUUUGACCCUGACUUUAGAUUAACUGAUUUAGAGAAGGCCCUUAAAUCUGGAAUUAGUGAAACAGAUGUGGAUCCUGCAAAACUUGCUGCACAAAAGAAAAAAGAAGUCAUAGUAAGAGGAGUUCUCUCUGUAACAGUCAUGUCAGCUCAAGAUUUGCCAGCCGUCGAUCUUCUGGGAAAAAGUGAUCCUUAUGUUGUACUUAUGAUGAAGAAAACAGAACAGAAAUUGAAGACCAGGGUUAUAAAUAACACCUUGAAUCCAGUAUGGAAUCAAACAUUUGACUUUGUUAUCGAAGAUGGAUUACGUGAUUUGCUAAUGUGUGAAGUGUGGGAUCAUGAUACUUUUGGAAAGGAUAAAAUGGGUAAAUGCAUCAUGACACUUACUAGGGUCAUAUUAGAAGGUGAAUUCACAGAGACAUUCAACUUAGAUGGAUGUAAAGCCGGAAAGUUGACUCUGCAUCUCAAAUGGACCCCGCAAACAAUAGUCCGCGAUUGAUGAAUCAAAUCCAAAUGUGCAUCACUGCU